AUGUCAACAUAUUCCAGACUACGAUUACUGAAACAGCAAUGCAACUCAAUUCCAGUUUUAUCGCUAGCAAUUCUAGCUCUAGUAGGCACAAUAUCCUUCAAUGGUGCAAAGAUUUACCCUGACAGAGGUAUUAUAUUUAUCAAGAGUGAUUCUCAGAUUGAUAAAGAUAAGGGUUUUUGGUUGGUGAAGUUGGUGUUGAUAUUUAUACUGUUGUGGAUUUACAGGACUGAACUAUGUCGAUUCAAUGGUGCAAAGAUUUACCCUGGCAGAGGUAUUAUAUUUAUCAAGAGUGAUUCUCAGCUGUUCCUUUUCGUUAACUCAAAAUGUAAGAGGUAUUUCCACAACAAGUUGAAGCCCUCAAAGCUUACAUGGACAGCCAUGUACAUGAAGCAACACAAGAAGGACAAUGCUGCAGAGGCAGUAAAGAAGAGGCGUCGUGUUACCAAGAAUCCCUACUCUAGGUCAAUUGUUGGUGCUACUCUGGAGGUGAUUCAAAAGAGAAGAGCCGAGAAACCCAAAGUCGGAGAUGCAGCUCGUGAAGCCGCUCUUCAUGAAGUCAAGAAGAGAGUUAAGAAGUCCAAGGAUGAGAAGAAAGCUAAAAAAGCAGAAGUAAUGUCCAAGACACAAAAGACUCAGGGUAAGGUGGCCAAGGGUGCCCAACCAAAGGGAGUAAAGCUUGGUGGUGGUGGUGGUGGUGGCAAGCGUUAA